CGCUAGAAAUAUUUUUAGGUUAGAAAGUGUGCUAUAAAAUUCGUUUUUUUGUUUCAAAGACUUUAUUUAAUUGUUAGUAGUUGUUUUGUGUUUUUCUUAUUAUUAAUUAGUCUGUACUGGCAACAAAAAGCCCUGACACUUAAAUUUAUUUAGUUUUUAUAGCUGAGAAUUGUUGGCAAUUGUUGAUGGUGGCGCUAGUAAUCCUAGUAACAUUUUUAGGCGCGAAAGAAUCUCCUCUUGUGUUGUGAGUGUUUUUUUUUUUGUUGCAAGGGCUUGAUUUAAUUGUAGAAGUGUUUUACGUUUUUUGUUAUUAAGUCACAAUGGCAAACGCAAAAAAUUACGUCUUGAAAAGAGACGGCCGAAAAGAAGAAGUACACCUCGAUAAGAUCACCUCACGAAUUCAAAAAUUAUGUUACGGUUUAAAUAUGGAUGUUGUAGACCCUGUCUCGAUUACAUUGAAAGUAAUUGGUGGCUUAUAUCCAGGAGUCACCACAGUUGAGCUGGACACUUUGGCUGCCGAAACAGCGAUUGUCAUGGGUAUUGAUCAUCCUGAUUAUGCUACCCUCGCAGCAAGAAUUGCAGUUUCCAAUUUACAAAAACAGACCAAUAAGCACUUCAGUGAUGUAGUAAACGACCUUUACCACGCUAUCGAUACCCGUUCUGGACGAAAAACCCAAUUAAUCUCCGACGAACAUUACGCAAUAAUCAUGAAAAACGCCUCUCGUUUAAAUUCAUGCAUUGUUUACGACCGAGAUUUCUCCUAUAAUUAUUUCGCAUUCAAACUACUCGAACGUUCUUACUUGUUCAAAAUAAAUGGGAAGACAGUUGAGCGCCCCCAGCACAUGUUAAUGCGUGUAGCUGUCGGUAUCCACGGCGAGGACAUCGACUCGAUUAUAGAAACGUACAAUUACAUGUCUGAGGGAUAUUUCAUUCAUUCAAGUGCCACACUGUUAUCAGCCGCCACACCUAACCCUUAUCUGCCCUCGACCUACUCAAUCGCGAUGCCCGCUGACAGCCUUGAAGGGAUUUACGAUUGUAUCACCAAAUGUGUUAUAACUUCAAACACCAUUGGACGCAUUUCAGUCAAUAUUCAAAAUAUUAGAGCCAAAGGAACGGAAAUCGCCGGGACUAACGGCGUUUCGAAUGGUUUGGUGCCUAUGUUACGGGUUUUCAACAAUGCCUCUUGGUUAAUCCCCCAAAAUGAGAAUCAGCCCUCAAAUCAGGGGAUUUUUCUCGAACCGUGGCAUGCCGACAUCCUUGAUUUCUUAAAUUUGAAAAGGACAACCGGGAAAGAGGAAUAUCGGGCACGUGAUUUACAUUAUGCUCUGUGGGUGCCAGAUUUGUUCAUGAAACGUGUGAAAAACGACGAGAAGUGGUCACUGAUGUGUCCUCGCCAAUCACAAGGUCUUCCCGAUUGUUGGGGUGAAGAGUUUGAGAAAUUGUACGAAAAGUACGAAAGUGAGGGGCGUUUUAAUAAACAAAUGCCGGCUCGGGAUCUCUGGCGAGCGAUUUGUGUGUCUCAAAUGGAAACUGGCUCGCCUUAUAUUUUGUAUAAAGACACUUGUAACAGGAAGAGUAACCAACAAAAUGUUGGUACAAUCAAAAGCAGCAGUUUGAGCACUGAAGUCAUUCAAUAUAGCUCAUCUGAGGAAACCGCGGUGUGUAUUAUGGCAUCUAUUGCACUAAACAUGUUUGUGAACCCCGAACGAAACGGGUACGAUUUUGAAAAAUUGAAAAAAGUGACCAAAACACUAACCAGAAAUCUCAACAAAGCGAUUGAUGUGAGUUCCUACCCAAUCCCUGAAGCCCAAAUUUCGAAUUUGAAACAUCGACCAAUCGGAAUUGGGGUGCAAGGCUUGGCUGAUACUUUUAUUCUCAUGCGUAUGCCGUUUGACAGUAAGGAGGCUCGGUUACUAAAUGUACAAAUCUUUGAAACUUUGUAUUAUGCCGCACUUGAAGCCAGUACGGAAAUAGCAGAAAAAGAUGGGCCUUAUUCAACCUACGAAGGCUGUCCUUUGAGCAAAGGGAUUUUGCAGUACGAUAUGUGGGGUGUCACGCCCACAAACAUGUGGGAUUGGACUGCCCUCAAGGAGAGAAUUGCCAAACAUGGGGUCAGGAAUUCGUUACUUGUCGCUCUCAUGCCCACUGUUUCCACCGCCCAAAUUUUGGGUAAUAACAGGUCCAGUGAACCUUAUUUAUCUAAUAUCUAUGUGAGGCGAGUAAAUUCGCGGGAAUUUCGUGGUGUGAACAAACACCUCUUGCGGGAUUUGACUGAGAGGGGCCUUUGGAACGAUGACUUAAAAAAGGAGAUCGCGGAGAAAAAUGGAUCAAUUCAGGACAUUCCCGGCAUUCCGGAUGACUUGAAAAAUAUUUAUAAAACGGUCUGGGAGAUUCCGCAAAAGGUCAUUAUUGAAAUGGCCGCCGAUCGAGGUGCUUUUAUUGACCAAAGUCAAGCCAUGAAUAUUCACAUUGGGACACCAAAUUACGGGAUAAUGUCUUCUAUGCACUUCUAUGGCUGGCAGAAAGGUUUGAAAACUGGGAUGUUUAAUUUGAGAAUCAAUCCAACAAGUGUUGUUCAAAACGGAAACAGAAGCAAAGUAAGUGUGCGUCAAGAAAACGGCGUCCAGGAGAAAAGCGAUGGGAUGAAGGGAUCACCCGAGAAAGAGGAUGCGGCUCUUCAAUGUUCGCUACAAAAUCCCGGCGCAUGUGAUAUGUGCAGUGCCUAAAUUCAGUGUUUUUCAUAAGCUUUAAACUAUUUCUUUUGUAUUUCUGAUCGUAAAUAAACUAGUUCUUUACAA